AUGUCCUCCUCGUCGCAGUGUCCCGUCGACCACAGUUCGUCGUCAUCGUCGUCGUCGACCGCGAACGCAUGCCCAGUUGACCAUUCCAAUUCCAACAAAAAAGACGAAGCAAAAGAAUGUCCAGUAGACCAUUCUUCAGCAGCCACAUGGUCGCGACUGUUCUCCACUUCAGCGCCUGCACCUCCAGAGGCGUCUCUGUCGAAAGAACGUGAAGUCUCGUCAAUACCAAAACCUCAGGAUGGCAACUGGGUGUAUCCUUCAGAAGCACAGUUCUUCGCUGCAAUGGAGCGCAAAAACCACAAGCCCAAUCCCGCGGAUAUGAAAACUAUAGUCCCGAUUCACAACGCAGUGAACGAGCGUGCCUGGGCGGAAAUCAUGAAGUGGGAAGCAGGGAGAGGUGGCGAAGCGUGUGGAGGCGUCCAGCUGGUUAACUUCAAGGGCAAGCCGCAAGAAAGAAGUCCGAAAGCCAGGCUCAGAACGCUGUUCGGAUACGCACCUCCAUUCGACCGCCACGACUGGAUUGUCGACAGAUGUGGCACUCGUAUGAGGUAUAUCAUUGAUUUCUACACUGGACGCAACCCAAAUGGUCUCGGCGGCAACUUGUCAUUUUUCCUUGACGUACGACCCGCAUUGGAUAGCUGGGAAGGCGUAAAGAUGCGAUUCCAACGGUUUUGGGGACUGAAGUAG